AACGUUAGCUACCUAUGUCUCGGGAAUUGUCAAAUAACCGGUUUCCCUUUUUACGGCGAGUUUUAACAUGGGAGUAGUUCUCCGGAACCUCCAGAAGGUGGUGCCUCUUCGCCGCGCCAGACUGCGGAAGGAUGUGGACACACUGAGGCACAUACUGGGCAUCCAGAAAUUUGACCUGGGCAUCGUUUGCGUGGAUAACAACAGGAUUCAGCAAAUUAAUAACAUAUACAGAAAGAAAAACGUGCCAACGGAUGUCCUCUCAUUUCCUUUCUACGAGGACCUGAGGCCUGGGAAACUGCCUGCCCCCCUUCACAGGGAUGAGCUGAACCUUGGGGACAUUUUCUUGGGUGUCGAGUUUGUGAUGAAGCAGUGUAAGGAGGACGCGCUAGAUCUGCAUGGCACCCUCACUGUUGUCACUGCACACGGUAUCUGCCACCUGUUGGGCUACAGGCACGAGACGGAUGAAGAAUGGACUGAGAUGCUGCAGAGGGAACACUACAUCUUAAGUGAGUACAACAGACUCACAGGGAGACAUCUGGAGCCGCUGAUGAAGAGAUGCAGUCAGGACAGGUGACGACCGUCUACCUGCCGGCUUCACUCUCUCACUAUGGUGCUUGUUGUUGUUUUCACUACUUUUCCAACCAGGUGGACCACUGUUCUGACUGUUUUUACUGUCAUGCUGUCUUCUCCACAAUCUGCGACUAAUGCUUUUAAGGACUUUAAUCACCCGGCAGACGUACAGCAGUUUGUGGAUAUCAUCUUCAAACACUGGAUGGCAGUGUUGUUACAGUUUUUCAGUUUUAAUCAAAUAAAAAAAAAAAAAAGUCUGAGCACUCUCAUUGCAAUGUUUUAUUAAAAUCUGCUUUAGGAAGAGUUGUGUAUGAAGGAUAGAAAAAGCUGUUCAUGUGUACUUCACAAAUACAUAACACCCUCUUUACACUGCAUUUGGGACAGGAUGUUCAGAAAAACACAAGGUUUCAAAAAGGUAAAGUCAGGCAGUCCAAAGCUGCCAAAAACCAGAUAACCAGUUUGUAAGAUUUGCCUGCUUUCAUAAGCAGGUAUACCUUCAUGGUGUAACAGAAUACUGUACUUCAAGGAGUCAGCUAAUAGUAGUGCACACUUCCU